AGACAUGCUUGAGUCAUGUCCUCCGUGUGUUUCAGGCAGCACAACAAGAUCCGCAGCGUGGAGGGGCGCCAGCUGAGGGCCUACCUGGCGCUGGAGGUGCUGGACCUGAGCUGGAACAACCUCACGGAGGUGCACAGCGCCUGCUUCCUGCAGGGACCGCCCUUAAAGGAGCUCAACCUGGCAAGCAACCGGAUCGGCACCCUGGAGUCCGGGGCGUUUGACGGUCUGUCCCGGUCGCUGCUGACGCUUCGCCUGAGCCGGAACAGGAUCACCCAGCUUCCUGUGAAAGCGUUCAGGCUGCCGAGGCUGACACAGCUAGCACAAGGAGGACUCCUGCUCGCUAGCCGCGCUGGCUCCUGGACAGUCUGUGCCAUGGGCCUCAUGGUGCCCAGCGCGCGGCAGUGCGAGAGGAAGCUAGUGUAUCUGGAGGGCGUCCUGAGCAAGAGAGAGGCCAUCGUCUUCACCUAG